UUUUUCGACUCAUUCAACCAAAUUCUUCAUUAUUAUUACAAUAUCUGUAUCUAUAUCUAUAUCUAAUAUCUCUCCCUGAGAUCUUACAUAACUCUAACUUAAUCCAUUUCUGUUCCAUUCCAUUCUAUUAUUGGAUUAUUAUAUAUAAUUAAAUUAAUUUAUUUAUAAUCAAAUCUCUAAAUCAAACUCAAAAUGAAGAGCCCGUUCAGAAAAGUACGUGGAUUAGGGUUACACAAGCGUCACCGUAACGAUAUUCAACCAUCUUUUGCUCAAUUAGAUGAUGAGCUUGCUCAAGCUUCUCAGGAUAUGGAAGAUAUGAGAGAUUGUUAUGAUAGUUUACUUUCUGCUGCUGCCACUACUACCAACAAUGCUUAUGAAUUCUCUGAAUCACUUCAGGAAAUGGGGGGUUGUCUUCUUGAAAAAACUGCACUGAGCGAUGAUGAAGAUAGCGGCAGAGUCUUGCUAAUGCUGGGAAAAGUGCAAUUUGAUGUCCAGAAGCAGCUUGAUAAUUAUCGUUCACAUAUUAAUCAGACAAUCACAAUUCCUUCAGAAUCUCUUCUUAAUGAAUUACGUAUAGUCGAGGAGAUGAAAAGGCAAUGUGAUGAAAAAAGGACUAAAUAUGAAGCGUUGAAAAUACAAUAUGACACUGGAAGGUGGAAAAGCAGCAAAGGAGAACAUGUUUCUUCUCGCCAGCUGAAAUCAGCCCGGGAUGAAUUUGAUGAAGAUGCUACUUUAUUUAUUUUCCGCAUGAAAUCUUUAAAAAGUGGCCAAUCUCGUAGUCUUCUAACGCAGGCAGCUCGGCACUAUGCUGCUCAGAUGUGUUUUUUCAGGAAGGCUCUUAAAUCUCUUGAAGCAAUCGAGCCACAUGUUAAAUUAACCACUGAACAACAGCAUAUUGAUUACAACUUUAGUGGGCUUGAAGAUGAUGAUAGAGAUUCUGUUUUUCUGACUGAUGAUGAAGAUAACGAAGAUGACAGUGAUGAUAACUAUGACACACUCGAAGAUCCUGAGUUGAUUAUUGACCGCUGCACUAGCGUUAAAAAGAAUGAGGUUUCAACCACAGGAAAAUCAAUGGAGUUGGAUAAUGAAGGCGUUAUCUUUCCACAGGUUGCUCCAGUGAAUCCAGACAAGGUAUAUAUGAAUGAAAAACCUGUAUGGAACUCAUCUAAAUUCACUAUAGAUGUUAACAAAGGAAGCAAAUCAGCUCCACUUUCUCUGGAGACUUCUGUUGACCCGAAUGAAAGAUAUCGACAGAUGCGCCAGUCAUCUACACGAAAGCUGAACACUUAUGUUCUCCCAACACCUUUCCAGAAGAAUUCAAUUGCUCCAACAGUUGAAACUCAGCAUCCUCAACCAAAACCACCAACUAAUAUAUGGCAUUCAAUGCCAUUGCAAAAGCUAUCAGGAAAACCCACUCCAUUACCAGCUCCUCAAACAGAAGUGCGUCCUACAGUCCAAAUGGAGCCCCAUUCUGUUUCUAGUGCCAAGAAAAUAAAAAGAUAUGCAUUUUCUGGUCCAUUAAAUGGUGACUCACAGUCAAUGAAAAUGCCGCUUUAUGCGAGUGGUCCAAUAGGAUCAACACCACGACAUCUGCCUAUGUCUGGCUCUGUUUUACGGACGACAUUCACUCAGCCGUUGUCAACUUUAGAACCAUCGCUUAGUGCCAGUGUGGUGUCAUUACCUGUAAUUAGUGAACUCCAUGAACUUCCAAGGCCUCCUGCAAAAGUGGCUUCCAAGAAACCUUUAAAAGUCGGGUUCUCGGCUCCCUUGGUGACAUUUAAAGGUGAGCCAGAUAUUAUUGACACAAAGAAAUUGCCAGUGUCUGAAGCAUCAUAUACACUUCCAGUACCCUCCAGAAAUCAAAGUGAUGCAACAUUGACAUCAAAGCAAACAGAAACUUUGGAUCUGAGGAAAGAUAAGGGCAUGUUUUCAUCACCUCCUCUGUCACCAAUCACCUUUAGUGAUGUCUAGUGUCUGUCAUUUUGAAUUAUAGGAAUGCUUAGUUCUACAUAUCCUCCAUAUGUGUAAACCUGUAAAUUUUGUAUAAUGAUAUUUCUGGUAGAGGUUUUUAGGUCC